CACAACAGGACCCUGCAUUUCAAAAAAACGGAGUAAAAAGUUCCGGUGGUGCAUGAAUUCCAAAAGACGAUCAACAAGUCAUAGAUUAUUCACGUAAUUUUUACGUAAAUAAUUAAUUUACUGGACUGUUAACCAAGUUAUUUUAACAUUGAAAGAAGAUAAAAAUGGCCACCGUAAACGUUAACCGAAGUGUUACUGAUAUCUUCUAUCGUUAUAAAAUGCCACGUUUGCAAGCGAAAGUGGAAGGAAAGGGCAAUGGUAUCAAGACAGUUCUUGUAAACAUGGCAGAGGUAGCUCGCGCUAUUGGUCGUCCUGCAACCUAUCCAACCAAAUAUUUUGGAUGUGAGCUAGGUGCUCAGACUCUAUUUGAUCAUAAGAAUGAGAGGUUCAUUGUUAAUGGAUCCCACGAUGUUAAUAAAUUGCAAGAUUUGUUGGAUGGAUUUAUUCGAAAGUUUGUAUUAUGUCCUGAAUGCGACAACCCAGAGACAAAUUUAUCAGUGUCGGCAAAAAACCAGACUAUCUCUCAGUCGUGCAAGGCAUGCGGUUUUCAUGGUUUAUUGAAAGUAAACCAUAAAGUAAACACAUUUAUUGUGAAAAAUCCACCAUCGCUAAACCCAACCUCGCAGGGCUCAUCGCUAACUGAAGGCAAGCGUUCAAAAAAACAAAAACAGAAACAAGAGAACUCUGAUGGCUCCUUAUUUAACAACUCAGUAGCGAACAAUUCUGGGGGUGAAUCUGACGGAGGUAAUGGAAAAAAUCAAGCCAGCCAAACAGAGGCUGAAAUAAGCGCUGCCAUUCCAGAAAAAAAGACCGAAGAGGACGACGAUGAAGGUUGGAGCGUUGAUGUUACUAAGGAAGCCAUUCGUGCACGUUUACAAGAUUUAACAGAUGGCGCUAAAGGCAUGACCAUUUCGGACGAUUAUGACAAAACUGAAAAAGAACGUAUUGACAUUUUCUAUGAAUUGGUGAAGGACAAACGUGAUAAAAAAUAUUUGCAAGAUGUACCACAUCAUAAGGAUUUGUUUAUUGAGGCCGAGCGUCUGGAUAUUAUUAAUAAAGCUCCACUGGUUCUUGCAGAACUUCUCUUCACAGAGAAUAUUAUCAAUGAUAUACGAACAUAUCGUAAUUUAUUGCUGCGAUUUACUCAUAAUAAUCCAAAGGCUCAGCGGUACUUAAUUGGAGGAGUUGAACAAACUAUUGAACUGCAUUCAAGCUCAUUAAUUAACAAAACAGCUGCAAUUUUCAAAAAGCUAUAUGAUUUGGAUGUACUUGACGAAAAUGUGAUACUUGAUUGGGCACAGAAAGUGAGCAAACGUCAUGUCUCAAAAAAAGUUGCGACCGAGAUACAUGAGAAGGUAGUGCCAUUUGUUCAGUGGCUUAAGAAUGCUGAGGAAGAGGAAUCUUCCUCUGAAGCUUCUGAUGACUUAGAAGGAUCAUAUAUGGAUGUGGGGGAAGACUAUAAAGGAAAAUCAGUUGAAUCUAAAAUUGAACAAAAAGAAGACGAUGAAUUAAUUAAUAUUGAUGACAUCUAAUCUAGAAACACAACAGAAGCACAAGUGUCUUACAAAAAAUUCGAUAUGGAGAACGAAUUAUAUAUUUGAAGGGCUAAGUUACAGGUGUAAUUAUACUCUUUCAAAUUAAUAAGGUGCUCAUCGUAUAAUCCAUCCCAGCACUAUAGAGUUUUUUUAUUUGAUUUAUCGCUUUAUCACCAUUCUAUUGUAAGCAUUACACUUACAAGAAUUUGUAACCAUAGUCGUUAAAUGAACUUAUUUACGAUUACCCCAAAAAGAUACGAAAUAUGAAUAAAAUAAAAUUUUAAAAAUUA